AUGUAUUUUCGUAUCCAAACGAAUGGACUUCUUGUAGAUGGCGUCUUAGUGCUACAAGAGCGAAAUCUUUAUCUUGUACGGAAUGAAGCAAUAUUUGGUGGAGAGCGAAACUUGUUGAAAUCAGCACCUUACGGGAAUACUGUAGACGCUGUCUCUACAGAAAGCAGAGCUCCUGGGAUCUACAGCUUGACAGGAAAUGACGAUCCGGCUUCAACGUCUGGAAAUAGCCACUCAGAUUUACAAAGCCUCAAUGGGAAUGGGAGCACUCGAUCGUGUAGAGAAAUAGUGAAAAGGGAAUACGAGAACAAUCUCAUUGGCUGUCAUUUUCUAGAAAAUUCAGAGGAGGUAAGUUUUUCUAUGCCAAGAAGAGAUCCACAAGAUUUUUGGCCAUGAUU